AGGCAGACCUUGCCAGCAGAAGGUGCACUUUGACACAUCGGUCUAGCGCAAAUGUUUAGAUAAUUUUCAUUCGCUUUUUUCCUCCGGAAAAUCCACCUCAAAGCAAACCCGUUUUCUUUACUGUUUGCCGACGAUUCUCAUCACACUAGCUGAGUGGGAAAACGCUGCGAUGCAAAGUUAGUGCCGCUUUAGUAGAAGGCAACUGCUGUGUUAGUGAGUGCUGUGAAUACACGACGCCUGUAAAAAAAGAAGCACCGUCCCACCACCCCCGGGGGGGCGAACAUCACAUACACACGCAGAACGCUGCCUUUGGAUGCUGUUCAGGAAAAGUCAGUGAAAAGAUAGGCCAAAUGUAUCAUUGCUAGGUGCGGAAAAUGUAAUGUGGCCGUGGUGUGCUUUAGAAAGAAGUGUGAAAUCUCAAGUAGAAAACAAAAAAGUUAGUGCGAACUGGUGCGAGCAAGCUGUGAUUGUCACAAUAUUGUAGCACCAUACGGGAGAGAAAAGCAGCUGCUGCAGCAUCCUUCUCUCUGCUCUGCCAGCAGGACAUUCUUUGCGCUUGCAUCGGAUCGAAGCAAGAGUUGGCACCGUGCUAAAAGACACAAGCGACAGAACACCAGUGUGACAAGCAAAAAAAGCGCGAUCUAGUGUGCCGUCGUAAUCUGUGCGCGCGUAUGUCAUACACAGUCAGUCACGUCCACUGUACCUGUUGUGUACGAUUGAACGCGGCUGAUAGUGUCGAACAUUGGCUUGAAACCAUCGCCAGACAACGCCAGUGCCAGUCACACCAGAAAGUAUUGUAACGCCACGAACAAACUACACGCCAUCAUGCAUGGACAUAUGCCCCCACAGCAGCAUCCAGGGAUACACCCUGCACAUCAACCACCGCCACAUCUAACGCAUUUAACCAGCCUGCCACCCCACAGUAUGCAGCGCGACCAUCCUGCUAAUAGGCUGAACAACGCUCGCCAUCAUCAUCCGCGCGGGGUCGACCAUCAGGCAGCCGGCAUGGCACCGCACCUAUCGAUGCAGGUACCGCCGCCGCCACCGCAUCAGCCGCCGCACCAGUCACAGAACGGCCGCAAGCCGCCGGGCCCGUCCUACUACAACCUGCCGGCCGGUAUGCCCAAGUCGAUGCCACUGAGUACGCCCCAUCUGCACCCAUCGCCGCCCGGGUUGGGUGUGGGACCGCAGCCACCACAGGCACUGCCACCGCCGCCGCACCAGCAGCAUAUGGGGUCGAUUUCGCUUCCCCCGGUGGUGGGCGGUAAUCAUCCGCCCGGACCGGGCGGAAAGCUUUCGUACGGUAUAGGAGGUGGUGGUGGUGGUGGUGGUGGAAGUGCUGGCGGUGCGCAGGUUUCGAUGCACCAUUCGGUGACGAUGCAGCAAGCACCACCACCGAUACCGGUCGUCUCGGCAGCAACACCGGCCGGCACAAAGACGCGCCACAUCCCAUCGAGCACGGACCAUAAAGUUCAUCACCAUAGCCACAAUGUGUUGCAAUCGAAUGGAAACUGUGGUCCCGGCUCGAAGGGGAUUGCAAACCAUCAUCAGACGAACCAGUCGGGAGCGACGAUGGACAAGAUAAAGGGCUCGAGUGGCAAUGUAUCCAGUGCAGGCAAUCGGCACCAUCACAACCAUCAUCAGCAUCAGCAACAGCACCAACAGCAGCAGCAUCAACCACAGCAACAGCAGCAGCAGCAGCAGCAACAACCACAACAGCAACCGUCGAUCGUCUCGAAGCCCAAUGAUGCUCCACUACAGAAGGACGCGUCUGCGGUAAUAGCAGUGACCGGCAGUGCCCCCAGCACGGCACCGUCCGUAGCGCCGGCGGGUGCGAACCAGGCCGAGACGGCCGCUAGCACCGCUGCUACUACCGUGGCGAACGGUGGAGCAUCAUCGAUGGCGUCAGGCGCGGAGCCGACGGCCGGGCAGCAACCACAGUCGCCGACCGACUCGAUAGAAGCCUUGGCAAACAUUAAAGAGAAAACGACCAUGUGUUUAGUGAACGAGCUGGCGCGGUACAACAAAAUCCAGCACCAGUACCGGCUGACGGGCGAGUCCGGGCCGGCCCACAAGAAGCACUUCACCGUGAUGCUGAAGCUCGGCGACGAGGAGUACACGGCCGAGGGCGCCAGCAUCAAGAAGGCCCAGCACAAGGCGGCGGGCGAUGCGAUUGCGGCGACCAAGUACAAGCAUCCGCCGGCCCGGACGAACCGUCGCACGAAAACCGGCACCAAGGGCAACGUGAGCAGCUUCACGCCGACGGUGGAGCUGAACGCGCUGGCCAUGAAGCGGGGCGAACCGACCGUCUACACGGUGAAGGCAGUGCCGGUACCGGCGUCCAAGUACGGUGGGCCGGCGAACGGCGGUGCAGGGGGAGCGACCGUCCCGCCGUCGGCCGUGGCCGGCGGUGGGCGACGUCCGGUGGAAGAGAAGCUUGCACCGGGCGUUGCCCACCCGUACGGUGGGGCGGGACGGUACAGUGACAAUGCCUGGGGCCGUGCGGCCGGACCGGCGGGCGUUGCUGGAGCUGGUGUUGGCGGACGUGGAGGUAUGGGUGGAUUUCAUCCGGGACACCAGCAGCAACAGCAACACCACCACCAUCAUGGUCAUCAUCCGCGCGAUGAUCAUGCGAAUCGUCACCAUGCGCCUCACAGCUAUCAUCACGGCGACGGCUACGGACACCAUCACGGGCCGGCGGUGCCCGUGCCAGCGGUGCAGGAGUUCUACAAAGCCACACUGCGCGUGGGCGAGCGAACGUUCCUCGGGGAGGGUCAUACACCGCAGGCCGCUCGGCACGAUGCAGCCGCCCGUGCGCUAGAAGUGCUGAAACCGCUCACCAUGGAGGGUGCCGAGGGCAAGGCCAAGGCCGGUGAUGCGUCCGCCAACGGUGAUGCCGCCUCAUCGAGCGACGGUACGUCAGUGGACGGGCUCGACCCGAACGCGGAACUCAAGUCACCGAUCUCGCUGGUGCACGAGAUAGCCGUGCAGCGCAGCCUGUCGGUCGUGUUUGAAGUGAUCAGUGAAAAGGGCCCCCCGCACAUGACCGUGUUUGUGACGCAGUGCAAGGUGGGCACGAUCGUGACCGAGGGUGAGGGCACCGGUAAGAAACUGUCCAAAAAGCGGGCCGCCGAAAAGAUGCUGGAAGAGCUCCGGAAACUCCAGAAGGCGGAACAGCAGCUGAACCCCUCUCCCUGGGGCGAAGGUAGCCCCGGUGGACAGGGCGGUGAGAAGCGGAAAUCCAACGCCAAAGCGGCCCCGUCCGCCACGGCGGAUGGCGCAACGGCGAAGAAAAAGGCGCGCAAUCUGAUCAAGGAAAAAUCGGUCGCGGACGUGGCGGAGAAGGAAAAUCCCAUCUCGCGGCUGAUGCAGAUCCAGCAGGCCCGCAAAGAGAAGCAGCCCGUCUACACGCUGCAGGAGAACGAUCGGCCGGCUGUCGGGCGGCGUCGGCAGUUUACGAUCGAGGUAAGUGCCGGCGGACGGCAGGCGACCGGCGUCGGGAUGACGAAAAAAGCCGCCAAAUGGAACGCGGCCGAAGCGUUGCUGAUCGAGCUGGGCUUCACUCCGUCGGAGGCGAAGGCGGGAGCUCCGUCGGGCGGUGACGGCGCGUCGGCUAACAAGGAAAACCAGUCCGGUGCGGCAAACGAUUCGUCUCCAACCGGGGGUAAGCGGUCGCGCAAAGUGAGGUUCCAGGAGGAUCCAGGCAACAGUGUGCCGACGGCGACGCACAUUACGCCCGCUGUCACGGUUGCAAAUGGCGCAAAUCAAGUGAAAGCUGAAUCGACAAACGAUUCGAUGAACGACAGUAUUGCGUCAAACGACAGCAUGGGAACGAACAGCUCCGGAGUGUCGAGCACAUCAUCGGUGGCACCGAAAGCCGAUAUUGGUGCCAAGAAGGAGCAGCUGCUGUACCUAGCGCAGCUGCUGAAGUUUGAAGUUCAAUUUUCCGACUUCCCCAAGGGCAAUCACGGCGAGUAUCUGACGCUAGUGAUACUGUCCACGGAACCGCCCCAGCUUUGUCACGGCAGCGGCGCCAGUCUGCAAGAGUCGCACGACGAAGCGGCACGCGGAGCGCUGGAAAUUCUGUCCAAGAUCGGACUACACAACGUGAAACCCAAAGCACCGGCGGGUAGCGCACCAGACGAUACUGCCGCCACAACAGCCUAAGUAAGAGCGCCAACUGUGUUGUGCGGCGCCAAUUGUGAGUACGGGACGGGACAUCCGACCAUAACAGUACCGAUGGAGCACAGACAGACAGAGAGGGGAGAAAACAAGGCUGGUCAGUGUAUAUGUAACCGUGUGAUCAUCGUUAUCAAUGUUAACACUAAAUGCAACCGGAUUGCAACGAGCGAAGGGAAACGAGGGGGAAAAAAGGCAAAACAAACGGAAAUCGAAAAAGGAAGCAGCAUUUACCAGUGCAAAGAAAGGGAAACUUUUGCCUCGGAUAACAGCAACGAUUUUGAAUUGCAUGGUGAGCGGCCGGGAACGGAAGCCGACGUUCCUGCCGACGAUGCAGCUUAGCAUGUUUUCAAUUUUCUAGUUUCUUUUUGUUUAUUUGUUACGUUUUGUUUUGUGAUUAUUAUUUCUUUUUUCUGUGCAAACAUUUGCUAUUUAGAGCGAUGCAGGAGAGAAAAGGUCGCACAGAGUGCUGCAAGCUUUUUUGCUAUCCAUUCCGGAGGGUUGCCCGGAAGAAGGCCAGGGGGGUUUUGGUGCAGAGUUGUGGAAUGGGAAAGUGUGGCUUUCUGUUCGUACAUGAUUUCGAUACAGAGUUUGAUUUGGUGUUUCUACUAUGUUUACCAACAUCUUACUUUCAACAAACGACUCCUCCUGCUUGUGGGAAGCAUUUUUCUGUUUUAAACAAAGCUGCAGUACUGUGUGCGAUGAAUUGUUUUGCAGAAGGAAGUGGGAGAAGGCGAGUAAGUGUCUCAAUGCGUGUGAGUGUGAUCAAAGCUACGGCACCCCUGUCAUUGGCGUCUUUCGUGCGGGGACGUAGCGAUGAGGGACGAUCAGGCAGAAUUGAUUACCAUUUACCUAAGUGCAGAGUUUGAAGCGAGAGAAACACACGAAAAGAGCGAACGAACACGACCGGGCGGAAGUGAAACAAAACCCAGUAGUAAGCAGCAAAAUGUGAAAAGUUAGGACGUGUAUGAAGGUUCUUGAAUAACAGUAUAGCGUCGGUAGGAUAGGGCGGGAUAGUGUCGGUCGAUAAUUUUUAACUGAACGCAUGAACGCAGCAGUGGCUUCUCUUAAGGGAGAGCGAACGAUACGACACUACAAGUAUCUGUUGCAUCCGUGGAAGCAGCUUAGAGUAGAGAACAUUUUCAUCGUACAGUUUGAUUCUUGAACGCUGACUGUAGGGCGAACGCUAAACAAAUGGGCGGACAUCGCUAGUCAGCGGAUCAAUGAUUAUUACUUACGAAAUUCCCCUUAAUCGAUGGAUGUGUCGCAGAGAGUGAGGGAGAGAGAGAGAGCGUGUGUGUAGUAGUACUAUUCGUAGUUUGUGUAUUUCAUUUGAUAACCUUCAUCAUUCUGCUUUUCAAUGUGCACGCGGGCGUGGUAGCGCCACACGGACGCCGCACGGUCGUGGAUGUGGCCGCCCGAGCUCAUCCGCUCCCUGCGUGCCGACCGUGGUUGCACCACCACACACGUAGAGGAAUGCAGUAAAAUCCCGAAUAUUACAUUUAUGUGAAAGGAAAGAGCGCCCGGUUUGGAGAGGCGAUCGAGAUUUUACUAGAUUCUGACGCGUACUGCGUAGCGUUCGUGUUCAAUAUUAACUGUGCCGCUUGACUGGAUGGAAAUGGAGGGGGUAGGGAUAUCAGGUCGGUCGAUAUUGAGCGCAAACGUGCUUAAUAACAGAGGUGUGUGUGUGCAUAUAUCUUGUGCAACGUAGCAUAGAGCGCGCAAGCAUUCUGCUGCAACCGUGGAUCUCUUUGCGCUGAUCCGUUGGGAUAUUCGCAAGCGAUCUGCGCGUCGUCGGAAUGCAAGCGACCUCAUGCCAUCGUUGCCGUGCACCGCCUUUAUAAACUUAAGUGUGUUUCUGCUAGUGUUCGUAUACAAGUAUCUGUAACUGUAAGAAAUAAUGUAUUUUUUCGCUAUUCAACCGCAAUUAUGCAGUGCAUCCAACCGUUAUUACAAACAAACCACAUUAAAAACAAUAGCAUCAACCGUAACCACAACAACAACUCCCUUGAAAAGAGAGCUAAAGGGAUCAUUUUUACCUUGCAUACACACACACAGCAACAAAUUCAAUAGACCUCUUACUGGCGAAAGUACUAACAGGAGACAGCAAGUACUGUUCGAAUUUGCACCUAAGUUUGCACCAAACAAGCGAAAACCACAAUAUGAUGAGCAUAAAAAAAAUACAUUUUUUCCAGUCUAUGAACGAAAACGAAUGAUCACGAAGCCGCCCCCCGAUAGGAGAAGAACUAAGGACUAUGGCUAUGGAAACACAUUUUAUUUAUGUUCGCCUUUCGGAGGAGCGGGACGGAACUAUACGGCACGGCAGCAUCCAAUAAGGACUGCACUAGAAUUUAAAUACAUCACUAUUAAGAAAGGCGGCAACAGGAAAGAAAAGGAAGAAGAAGAAGAAAAAACUCCGAUUAGGCAUAUGGUAAUUAAUGUUGGCACGAAACGAUGGAAACUGGAAACAGGCCCGCGCAAGGAAAAACACGAUGUUUAAUUGAGUGCAAACGGAACGUUUUGUUGAUCGUUCUUGGGUGUGUGUGUGUGUGUGUUAGAAUGUCGUAUUUCAUCUAAGGUCCCCCCGUGAGCGAUGUGGAUCAGUUAGUAGUGGAAACGAUGCUUCGAUGUUGAAAUGCGAUGCGGUAAAAGCGCGCCACGGUUCAAAACUCAAAUGCUCUAGGUCACACACGCACGUGCAGCUGUUGCCCGGGGAGGCAUCUCAUUGUGGAAUGAAUUUCAUGCUGUCCUGUAUUUAUUUUAUGUUUUAUAUGCAUUUCAUCUACCGACCGAAACCGCUCCGGUUCAUCGGUUCAUUACAAACUCCCACUGAUUUGUGUAUUUAUUGUGCAAUGCCCUUGUGCGCAUUUGAACAUUUUGUACGAGGGAGUCGCUUGGCCGCCGCAUUUCGCACCGAAAGCAAGCGCACCCAUCAAACCAAGAACGAUCGAUCGAAGUGUGGCUUGUUAGCAAUUUGAAAGCAUCAUUUUCAAAACAUAAACAAACAAAAAAAGAAUCCUAACCCUAGACCGAUGGCAGAUUUGUUGAAUCACUUGUUUAAGAUAUGUUUUUUGUGCCUAGUGAUAGGGCCCACCCAACUAGGUGCAGAGCGAAAGUAUGAAAAGGCAAACGUAAAGAAAAAACCAUUAGACCGAAAAGUGGCUAUGUGACUAUAAGAAACACAUUCUCGUUAAAGUUUGAACCUAACAGCCACCAACCAAAACAUGGAACAUAUUAUUUGCACUUGUUUCAACUGAUUGCAGAAGAAUGCGGCGAAAGCGAGGAAAGGAAAGAAUGGCAAAACUACUCCUCUCGUCAAAAGGCAACAGAAUGUAUUUUAGAAUAUCGAAAAAUCGUUAAAACGUUUUUGAAAAUUUUAAUAGAUCAAAAAGGGAUAAAAAGAAAGCAAGAGAAAGAGAGAGAGAAAAAAAUACCCAUCAGCUAGGGAGAUGAGAAAGCCUAUUUAAAAAUAACGACGAAAGAGAGAGGUCACGUCGAAAGGUCAAUGUUUCCUAGCCGCUAUAUUUUCUUAUCAUCCCUGUUAUAUCCUCAAAAGAAACAGUAACUAAAAACCAUUGGGUUAUUCUUUUUAACCAAAACAACAACAGAGAGAGAGAAUGUAUACAUUUCGCUCAGGUCAUUGUGAGACAACUCUAGAGAGAGAGGUCCUGAUCUGAUCAAAAGGUGGAAACUAGGGCCUGAAACACAACGCUACUUGAGAUGUAAAACGUAAAGAGUUAGACAAGUGAGGCCAUCACAGGAGGGCAUUAGUAGACGCGGAGGCGGCGAACAAGUGGAGAAGAAAGUAUGCGCCAGUGACCACCCCCAGCACGCGAAUGUGCUGGUGCAGGAAAUGUGUGUAGUUGUAGUGUAACGAACUAUGAGAAAACCACCAACUAUCAUCACCAUCAUCAUAUUUGUACGAGAAAACAAACAAAAAUCUAUGGAAUGAAUAAAGAAGCUCUACUCAACGUAA